AUGCCCUCCCGCGCGACAAAUACACCGACCCCGAACUCCGCGACCAAGUCAAAGAAGAAAUUCACAACAGCGACAAAGGCGGCAAACCAGGCCAAUGGUCUGCUCGCAAGAGGGGACGCGCAAGCGGUAUUUGCCCAAGAAGGCGUGGAGCAGAUGAGUGAGAAGGAGAAGGAGGAGACGGAUGAGAAGAAGGUGGAGGGGUCGAAGGAGGGGAAGCAAUUUGUUGGGAAUACGGAGGAGGCCAAGGGGGCGAGAAAGGCUGCUAGUAAGGGGGAGAAGGAGGAGGAAAAGGAAGAAGAAGAAGAAAAGGAGGAAGAGGAUGAUGAUGAAAAAGCCCAGACAAAAGACCAAGGAAAAGGAGACAAAAAGCAGCAACAACAGAAACAGAAACAAACCGACAAAAAAGACAAUUCUGAGGAAACUGAGGCACCCAAGACAAGAAGUGCCAGCAAAGCCGAAGCCAAGGCCAAAAAGGACGACGAGAACAACAACACCAACAACAACACCAACAACAACACCAACAACAACACCAACAACAAGACUGACAAGAAUGAAGAAGAAGACGUGGAUGAAGAAAAGGCUCAAGCGGGGACCAAAAGAACCGCCAAACAGUCCAAUGCUUCAAACAAGAAGCAAAAGGAGGACGACUCGUCUGCCAAGGACGACAAGAAGGAUUCUACAAACGAGAAGCAAGAGCAAGCCGAAGAUGCCAACGAGGAAGAGUACGUGCCCGAGGAGGAUGCGGAUGCUGACGAGAUGGACGAGGCUGAGAAGUGA